CUCACAUUACAGAAAAGAUCGAAACGAAUGUUCAGUGUUUACAGUCCGAACUAGUUGUGUCUGUACAUAUCAAUAGCGAUUAAGUCAUAUAGUGAUGCGCAAUGUGAUCUGCACUACUGGCUUGGUGUGCGAAAUGUAGGCUCCGUGCUGCCCUCUCGCAUAAAAAAUGACAAGAGAUUAUAGACGCGCACUGAACGAGAGACCUCUUUAGUUAUUUUCGCAAAGGCUACCAUUACGAAGGAAGCUUUUAUUUUAGAAAUUCGAGGCGGACAUAUUUCAUUGACGUCGGGGAGUUCAGUUACUUUAUCGACAUUUCGUUCACACUCAAGUAAAGGUUAACUGUCAUGAUAUAAUAUACACAACCGUUUCUCGAUGUACCUAUAUAUAAAAAAAGUGAAUUUGAAUUAGCAAAUCAGCUGUUCAUUCUGUUUUAAAUUAUGAAUAACGAAAAUUGCGAUUCAACGGGAAGGAGGGAGAGAGAUGAUAAUAUUACACUUGCACCUGAAAAAGUGCAAUCUAGUGAAUUGGAAAUUGAAAAACAGAACCAUUUAGGAGUAGAGGAAUUAAAUAAAUUGACCAAAGUAAAUAAUGUGGAUUUGUCGGAUUUGGAAACGAAUGCAUUUAUUGCAAAUGGGGUCACGGAAGAGGCGAAAAAGGAUUUACUUGAAAGUAUCGUAGAUGUGUUGGACGACGUAAUGAAAAGUGGCAUCGAAACGGAUGACUUUACCGACAUUGAAAAGCAAGUCGAGAGUGUUAUUGAAGCAUUGGAAAAAAAUGAUUGCGGUGACAGUAUUGCUGUGGACAUUGAUGCUAACCUACCAGAGAGUUGCAACGAUGAAAUUACUACUAAAGAAUCAGAGAGUGCUAUUGGGUCUGAGGGUGUACAGAUCAACAGUUUUGAUUCUCUACAGGGUUUAACAAGUUGUGAUGGGGAAGUUGUGCAAACUUCAGAGCAGCAAAUUUCUACUGACGAUCAGGACAAAGGUGCGCUUACCUGCGAGCAAUCACAAACAACUGGAAAAGAUGGACAAACUUUGGAACAAUUGCAAAUUGCUAAUGAUGACAAGAUUUGCGAGAAAAAUAAUGGUGAAACAAUUGCAAGUGACAAGAAUAUUGGCAAUUGUUCAAUGGAUGAUAAAACUAAUGAAAGUCAACAAAUAUCUGAAUGUGAAAUAGCUGAGGUACCAUCCGAAGUACCAUCCAAAGAUGUGAAUGCCGUAGAAGAAAAAAGAAGUUUAGGAAAAAGUCCAACUUUGACCAGUAUUCUUGAAGCGACUUUAACAAUGGGCAAAAAACCGGAUUCACUGAAAAAUAUCGCGAAUGGUGUGUUAAACAUACCGUUUAAUGUACCAAAUAAUUUAGAUGAGUCCUCGUUAGAAAUUGGAGAUGAUGAGCUUGAUUUAUUGACUCCUAUGGUGACAGUCGAUGAAAUGCCAUCUAAUACAUUACAAGAACCUAUUGAAUCUGUGUUAGAGACAAAUAAAAAUGAUUUCGCCGGAGUCAAUAAACCUUCCCAAAUUAAUAGGGAUAGUAUACAAAAAUCUGGUACUGUUACGUCAAUUCAAGAUCUUAUUGUGAGGGAAUUCUGUUUGCAACAAGACUCAUUGUGCAAUUUAGUUUCCGCAUCCAUCGAGUCGACACUAAAUUUGGAUUCUGUCGAAAAAGGAGAUCAAGACGAAUCGUUAAUUCAACACUUGAUAUUGGCCGAGCCUGGUGUCACAUCUUUUAUUACGAUAGAAGAAUUUUUUAAACAAGUCAAGCAGUUGACAUCCACUGAAUAUUUACUACUAUUUGCAUUGGUACAGCUUAAGUGUUUCAAUAUUGAACCGUUGACUUCUGUUGAUAUUAAACGAAAGUCCAAAGUAAAUUCUAAUGCGGCACACAAUGAGAAAGUACAAAAAAUUGCCAAAAAAUGUUUGAGUACGAAAUCUGUGGAAAAGGUAGAACGGAUGGUCGAGGUUAUACCCUCACUUACACCUAGUGAGGUUUUAUUUUUACACAGUACUUUACCAAAAGUAUACAAAGUGAUCAAAGAUGCGCUGCAGAAAACGACAAUCUGUUGCAGACCGGUUGUUAGUCAAACCGUUAUGUGGUUAAAAACGCAUUAUGUGGAGGCUCCGACAAUGCUAAUAUCGAAACCUGAAGUUUUCAGAAGUUAUAAUUUGUUUUGCGCGAAAAAUGGUGUAAAACCGUGUGGAGUUCCAGAUUUUGGAAAAAUGAUAAAAAGGACUUUUGUUAAUAUCUUCCAUAGGAGGCAGGUUCUAAGGGGCAAAACACAGUAUUUUUAUUGCGGCUUGAGACCGUGUUACAAAUUACCUGUUCCUAAACCUCCUAAACUCGAUGAUAAAACAUUGGUUAUGGAUGUGGCCUAUUCGUCCAGUAAAUGCUGUACUAUUUACGCUUAUAUGCACAAUCUUAAAUUUCGAAUGAAACCUGUUAAGGUGCAUGUGCCUGGAAGUGAAAUGCAAGCGAAGAAAGUAAACAGAACCGUCAAUAAAGAAAAUGGUAAAAGCAAAGGACAGCAACCAGUUGUAGUUCACGAUCCAUUGGAGUUGCUAAGUUUAUCCAUGGAUAACGGUGAUGGUCUACAAACAUUAAAUGAUCACACGUACGUACAAGUAAAGCAGAGUGCUCCGAUUGUGAAAAGUGUUGCUACUGUUAAAAGUGCUCCGGCUGUUAUUGCUAAGAAAAUUGCAAAAAAGCAGGCAGUAAAAGAGUAUAAAAAUAUAAAAAUACUUGGUAAAUCGAGAUCAAGAGGAAGGGUGGUAAAAGUAAAGUAUAAACAAUAUCGACAUCCAUCAAUUAGAAACAUAAUGGAUACAUAUAAAGAUGUUUUGCUAUCGCACGACCUGUUCAGAAUUAAUAUGAAUCCGGUCGUGCGCUUAGAAAAUGAGCGACUGCAUAAUUGGUGUACGGAAAAAAUAAAAAAUUUUAUAGAUAAUUUGUCGGAUUUAUCUAUAGCAAAAGUAAGUGACAAUUAUAUGUUGAAGAUCAAACAUAAAUGUUGCAAUACGUCUGUAAAAGUAAAUCAAGUAUUUGGUGAAAAAUUGAAAGAUUUAAAAAAAGAAUUAGAUAACCUUAAAAUAACGCAUGAUAGUCGUACAGAUAAUUACAGUAUUACAUAUUUAUUUUCACCAGCACAAUUACCGCUUUUAUCAGACUCUAAUAGCCAAAAAAGUGUAUGCGCAAUAUCGAAGAAAUUGGGACCUAUACCCAAUUCAAGUUACGAUAGACCAGGUAGAAUAAAAACUCAAUACUUUCCCACUAUAAGAAACAAACAUCAGUCGGUAGAUAAAUUGUUUAGAACAAUCGAUAGCUUAACAGUUCCCGAAGAGAUUAUAAAUGCCGACAUUGAUCCGGUCAUAGUUUUGGAUAGCCAAGAGGUGAUAGAUUGGUACACUACACAGUUAGACAAGUUGAAGAAACCGUCCGAUCAGGAGAGUGAAGAGAUUGAAAUUUUGGGCGAUGACGACGAGCCGAUAUCGCCUAGAGAAAGUAGGGCGAAGAUGAUGAAUUUCUGUGAAAGUGACUCUUGGGAUUCCACUGAUGUACUUACUAAUGAUAGCGUAGGUGAAGUGCACUUACAGAAUUCGAACAACAAUAACAGUACAGAGGAUUGCUCUCCGAAAGAAACUGAAAAGCGGCGCUCGGAUUUGGAAUUGGAAGGUCCACUACGUAAGAAAUCCUUUCAUCUGAGUGAUAUAAUUAAUGAUUCCGAAAAUGGAGUGGUUACAAAUGUGGCAAGGAAAGAUAAUGAUGCAAUGUUGCCAGAUUCUGAAUCGGCUAAGUUGUGCUGUUUUUUCUGCUCACAAGAGUUUAAAACGCCUAAAGAAUUGUCAAACCACUGUGAAAUUCACUUACGUUGUCGGACAUGUAAGCGAAGAAUGCCAAAUGAGGAUGCAAUGCGUAUGCAUCUGAUAAAGCACUGUUUCAUGAAUAAUGCUUUAUGUGCACCAAAUCUCAUAUUGUCAAGGGUUGAUCAACCUGGAUUAGUUCAAACAUAUCCUCCCCCACUUACUCCCAUUGUACCUAACCUGUUGCCAAAUGUACUAAGCACGGGCAAAAAGAAAACGGUUCGACGGAGGUCUAUCAACUCUAGCAACUAUCCAACGUCAGUAUUGAAUUUUAAUAAUAUUAAUCAUAAUAUUGAUCAACUUGUUCUUCCUAUUGUACCUACUAGUUUAGUAAAUGAUAAUCACGGUCGAAAAGCGAGAUCAUCUCAACUAGCCGCAAAAUCACAAAAGUCUGCCAAUAUUUUACGGUUUACAAGACCCGGGACCGGAGAAGUAUCUCACUUUCAAAUCACUGCUAAUAAUUUUAAAGAAAUACCCGACGGUCAAACCGUGCAACAGCCAACUUCGCAACUGAAAAACACCAUUAGCAAUAAUUUUAAUCGUAUUCUUUUGCUCUCCAAUAAUUCACCUAACCAAUUGGAAUCUCCCAAUAUAGUCUACGGGCUGUAUUUAAACAAUCGUAUUGACCAAUCGACUCCUAUUGCUCUAAACCGAUACAAUCGAAUUGGCCCUGACUGUGCCCUCAAUACCAAUCCCAAUUGCGGCAUUUCGGAAUCGACAAACUUCAUGCAAAUCGUCGAAACUCCCAACGUACCCCUGCCCCAUUAUGAGUCUACAAUUAUAACCGAUAAUUCGAUGGCGCCAUUCGAAGAGCAUCAAGAUCACAGUUAUUAUCAACAGCAGCCGGUGUUCACUAUGAACUCGGACGUAUCGAAUUUGAGUGGCGCACUUCUAAAUGGCGUAUCUCAGGAGACUAUCCACACCAACUCCAUAUUCGAGAUGCCCUAUUUAAAUAAUAUAAACGCUGAAACGAGGGUGUGUCCAGAACCACUUGGUGUUACACCGAAACUGGAAAAUCCUCUGCCUCCACCAGGACCUGGAGCAUUUAGGAUACGUGUGAAGGACAUUCGUGAGUUGAGUUAAUCGUUUCUCUGCAAUUGUUCGUAUUAAAGACAUGUAUAUAGUCGUUUUUAGUGUUCAUCCUCUUUUUCUACGGUAAAUAUGUAGAUAUGUACCAUACAAGAUCUCGCACAUAUAUUCUCAUUUAUACUGCUUGAAUUUUCUCAAGUACAAUAAUUUAUUAACAUUACAUUUGAUCCAAGGACGUUAAAAAUAUCGGGACACAGCAUUCUCUAGCUAUCAUACGAAGUGAAACUGAAACAAACGUAGGUGCGGGUGUGAAGGAGGAAUGACACUUACCUCCUUAGACUAUGAAAGAAAGGGGACUAUCAAAAGCAAUACUGCGCAUUGAGGCACAUUUUCGUGUGCAUCAGCUGUUUGCAUUUCUUGGCCAGUGGCGUACCUCCAUUGCUUAGAUCAUAUAAACAUGGAUAGAGCUAUCUCAUAAGCUCUACUAAAAGACAACCGUCGCCAACAUUCCAACGUGCAUUUUUAUGCCUAUCAUCUUUUACUAUUAGUAAGUUGUAAUGUAUUUAUCCUUUGCCGGGUUGAUUAUAAAAGUGCGCAAGCUUAGCGAUUGUUAGAACGUUUGUCCGUUUGACAUCGAAUAUUCGCAAACAGCUGUUUUUGUUGUUUAACCUUGCUUGACUUUACAUGGUUAUAUAUGAAACUAAACUUUUAAUACUGUUCUGUACCACUAAAUUGUCCUAUAAAGAUGUAUUUAUUCAUGUAUUGAGAACCUUUUUUACCCUAAAUAAUAAAUAUUGCAUUGUUUAUUAACAUUGUGAGGUUAAAGAUUUGAAUUUUCUGAUUGGUUACUAACACUGAAACUGUACAUGGAAUAACAACAUAUAAAUUGUACGUCGACAAGAGAGAUACAGCACAAAAGUAUGUAGAGUCUUGAAUCAGAACAUGUUGGCGACAUAGUGUAAUUGCAUCGCUCCAUCCAUGUUUAUAUGAUCUAAGCUCCAUUGUACUUAUACAGUGACAUUCAUGUAGAAGUAGGCAUAGGGAUUUUCUGUGUACCUUCAAAUUCUUCGGAAAGACGCCUAAUUUUUGUGCAAUCAAAAUAACUUCUUGAAACAAAUAAAGAUCUGGCUGUCAUAUUAAUUAUU